AAAAGUGAUACGGUAGCAAAAUCAAAAAAAUUCCACAUCUAAACAAGGCCGAAAACGACAACCACACCAUUCUUCGUCUUCCGUGGAACGCCUGUGAGUAGGCACAAAGAAUCUAGGAGCCUUUCAACGAGUACAAACGUGACACUACGAUAAAAUACACGGACACCGUUUCUGUUGACCUCAAAGCUCAAACCCAAAUACCCCUACUAGCUAGUUCUUGCAAGUUGCAAAGUGCACCAAAUCUCCAAGUUAGCAAUCCAUGGACACCAGCCGCGACAGGGGCCUCACCACCGGCGACGAGCUCAUGCAGGCGCAGGCCGAGCUCUGGAACCACGUCUUCGCGUACACCAGAUCCAUGUCCCUCCGAUGCGCCGUCGAGCUGGGCAUCCCCGACGCCGUCAACCGCCUCGGUGGCGCCGCAUCGGUCCCGGAGCUUGUCGCGGCGCUCUCCCUGCCGCUGCCCAGAGCGCCGUAUCUGCGCCGCCUCAUGCGGCUGCUCGCGCACGCCGGGUUCUUUGUUUUUUUUUUCGAGAUCGGGGAUAUAGCCGGGUUCUUUGUCUUCGACGCCGCCGCUGCCACCUAUGGACUGACCCCGCUGUCGCGCCUCCUCGUCUCGACGGCCACGCCCGGUGCCGGUGGUGGGCAGGGCGGCCUCUCGCCGUUCGCGCUGGCCAUGCUGCACCCCGUCAUCGUGUCGCCGUCCAUGUCCCUGGCGUCCUGGUUCCGCGCCGCGGACGCCGCUAACGCCGCGGCGCGCGUCCCGUUCGAGUCCGCGCACGGGCGCGACCUCUGGGCGGUGGCCAAGGACGACCGGGAGUUCCGAGCGGCGUUCCACGACGCCAUGGCGUGCGACGGCCGGUUCGUGAUGGACGUGCUCGUGCGCGGCCACAGCGACGUGUUCCGGGGCCUCGCUUCGCUGGUCGACGUCGGCGGCGGGUCAGGCGGCGCCGCCAGGGCCAUCGCCAACGCGUUCCCGCACAUCAGGUGCAGCGUCCUGGAGCUGCCGCACGUGGUUGCCGCCGUCCCGACAGGCGAACUUGGCGGCGUGGAGUUCGUCGCCGGGGACAUGUUCGAGCAUGUCCCCAAGGCCGACGCCGUCCUCCUCAAGUGGAUCCUCCAUGGAUGGGACGACGAGAACUGCGUGCGUUUGCUGCGGCGAUGCAGGGAGGCAAUCCCUUCGAGGGAGGACGGCGGCAGGGUGAUCGUGAUGGACCUGGUUGUGGGAUCGAGCCCGGCAGACGAGAAGGCCACGGAGACGCAGCUGCUGUGGGACGUGAUGAUGAUGGGGGUGGUGGGGAGCCCCGAGCGGGACGAACGUGAGUGGCGCAGGAUCUUCCAAGACGCAGGCUUCAGCGGCUACAAAAUCGUUGCCCUCCUCGGGAUCCGGUCUGUGAUCGAGGUCUACCCUUGAUUUUCUUAGGCCUUGUUUACUUCCCAUAAAAUUUUGUAAAAUUUUUCACAUUCUCCGUCA